UGGAUUCACUUUCACUUUACUGGAAAGCGAAAGCUGUGCAUCCAUUCAUCAUGGCUUCAAAUAUUGAACCAUCUAUGCUGGAAUACGAAAUAACUUGCUCGGUUUGCUGUGGAAUCUUCCAGAAUCCGGUUUUAUUAUCGUGUAGUCACAGCUUCUGCAAAGACUGUCUUCAAGAAGUAUGGGUUAAAACGACCAGGCGCGAAUGUCCUCUCUGUAGGCGAAGAUCCUCCAAAGACGUUCCUCCUUUGAACCUGGCGCUGAAACAUGUUUGCUCACUAAUUGUAAAGAGCAAACAACAGGCUGGAGUUACUGCAAACUCCCUGUGUUCUCUUCACGGUGAAAACCUCAAACUUUACUGUAAGCAGGAUGACAAACCAGUUUGCGUUGACUGUAUUGGCUCUGGUCAACAUCAAAAUCACGACAUUUGUCGGUUUGCCGCAGCCGUCCAGGAGCGCAAGGACGAGCUCAUGACCGACCUGAAGCCACUUAAAGAGAAGAUAGACAGUUUGGAUAAACUGAGGCGAGGUUGUGAUGGAACUUCUGCAUUCAUAAAGAAACAAGCUGAUCAAACCGAGAAAGACAUCCGGUCAGAGUUGAAGAAACUUCGCACUGUCCUGGAUGAGGAAGAGACUGCUCGCGUGGCCAGCCUGAGGGAGGAGGAACAACACAAGAGCCAGAUGCUUGAGGACAGUGUUGAGAUGAUUAACGACAAGCUAGCAUCUCUUUCCGCAAUGACAGACAGCAUUGAACGCGAGAUGGACAUUCCAGAUAUGGAAUUCCUACAGAAAUUCAAGGAUAUCAGAAAAAGGGUGCAAUGUCAACUACAAGAGCCUGACUCUGUCCCGGUGCCUUUGAUCGACGUCUCUAAGCAUUUGACAGCCUUGAAAUACAGUGUGUGGGAGAAAAUGCUUGGGACCAUUCAGCACACUCCGUUGACCCUGGAUCCCCUGACGGCCCACCCUCAGCUCAGCCUGUGUGACGAGCUGACCAGCGUCCAGUACAGCUUCCGGGGCAAGAACCUCCCGGACAACGCGGAGCGCUUCGACCUCUACGUGUUCGUGCUGGGCGCGCAGGGCUUCAGCGGCGGCGUCCACAGCUGGGAGGUGGAGGUGGGCAACAAGCCCAACUGCCGCAUCGGGGUGGCCCGCCAGUCCGCGCCCAGGAAGGGCGACUUCAGUGUCAGCCCCAAGGAAGGCUUCUACACCAUCAUCCUGAGGAAGCGCGAGUUCCGGGCCGGCACCUGGCCGGAGACGCGGCUGGAGUACGGCAGGAGGCCGCAGCGCAUCAGGAUACGGCUGGACUACGACAAAGGGGAGGUGAGCUUCAGCGACCCCACAGAGGACACCGUCAUCUACACCUUCAAGGACACCUUCACCGAGAAGAUGUUCCCCCUGCUCGGCCCGUCCAAGGACUCGGCUCCGCUGCGCAUCUGCUCUGGCCGAGUGCGCGUUCAGCAUGAGCAGUAGUGUGUGUACUUGCAGGCCAGCCGACAGGGGGGGACAAAGGGGUAUGUUGUCCCUGGCCCAGGGAGUUAGAGGGCCCAGAAUUGGCUCCUCAUUACAUUGUAUGUAUUGGGUAGGGGGCCCUUUCAGAUGACUUUGUCCCGGGCCCAGCAAAAGCUGUCAGCGGCCCUGUGUACUUGUGUGUGGUUGCACAUACAUACACAUAUGAACACACUGACUGUACAUUUCCAGUAGUGUGCACUUUCUGCACUUCUUGUACCUUUUGUAAGAUAAAUUGUUGGCUGUAACAAAAGUUACACAACGUAAAAGUAUGGUAUGUUUCCAAAAUUAUGAACAUAUAAUGUCUUCUCAUUGCCAAUGUCAAUUGAUAGGAUAUUUAGUUUAUGUUUGUGAUUGUGUGCAGUGUUUGAAAUCAUUAUAACCUGUACAGUAUAUUGAGAUAACUAAUAUGUGAACAGUAUUACAUUAAUCUGUGGGCACAGCAUUUAAUUAACCUUGCAAUUUUUCAGACCUUUGUGAAAUAUCAAGAAAAUUCUGCUAACCGGAGACUUUUGUAGUUCUACUAUGUUUCUGUGGUUCUUUGAAUUUGCAACAGAAGAGUAAACAGUUGAAAACCAAUGUUUGUACACGUUUUUAUUACACUUAAAACACCAAUAAUAAUAAUAUAAUAAUAAUCUCAAUAAUAAUAAAAGUCACAUUGUAGAGGUCUUAUAUAAACCCAAUAGAUUUUUACUCCAUCAUCUCCCGACAGUGGAGAUGCGCUGUAGUGUUUUUACUUGAAUAUGUGCCCUUUCAGGCAAAACAGGUUAUACUCUGCAGUACCACAAGAGGGAGUGCAAGCGCUGCCCAUUGUCCAAUCCAACGCAACCAUUGUCCUUGUCAUGCAGAAGCCUGUUGACAAGCAGCCUGCACCACAGACAGA